CGGGAAAUGCCGUUAAUCACUUCCCGACCUUGACCGCCAAUAAAAUGUCACGCCCACAGGAUGACAGAAAUCAAGAGGCUACGGUCUACCUGGGGAACCUCGAUGAGAGAUGCACGGACGCCUUAGUUUGGGAGCUAAUGCUGCAGGCUGGUCCAGUUGUAAAUGUUCACCUCCCUAAGGAUCGAAUCUCCAUGGCCCAUCAAGGCUAUGGUUUCUGUGAGUUCCUCACCGAGGCGGACGCAGAGUACGCUUGCAAAAUCAUGAACCAGAUCAAGCUGUGGGGUAAACCCAUUCGCGUAAAUAAGGCCUCAUCGGAUAAGAAGCAGCUGGACAUUGGCGCAAACCUCUUCGUUGGCAACUUGGAUGAGAACUUAGACGAGCGCAUCCUUUAUGACACGUUCAGCGCGUUCGGCAUUAUCUCCACAACAGCUAAAAUCGCGCGAGACCCGCAAACCGGACAAUCGAAAGGCUAUGGCUUCAUUUCCUACAACGACUUUGACUCCUCCGACGCCGCCAUCGAGGCCAUGAACGGUCAAUACCUUAACAACAAACCCAUCACUGUCCAAUAUUCCUUCAAAAAGGACGGAAAGGGAGAACGACACGGUACCCCGGCCGAACGGCUCCUUGCCGCCCAGGCACGCAAAAACAACACCCUCCCAUUCGGUUCUCGUCCGCCCGCUCCAAUUGCCUUCACUGACCGCCCCCCGUCGUCAAUCCCUGGCGUCCCAGUGGCACCUGGUCUUCCCUACGCACCAUCAGGCUACCAAGGUCAAUUCGCUGGCGUUCUCGCCGCGCCCCCACCACCACCUAUGGGCUUCACACCCCAACAGACUAUGAUGGCCCCUGCGCCACAAUUCAUGGGCGGCGCACCCCCUCCUGGCGUUGGAGUUCCAGCUCCGCCACCGACCGGCAUGUUCAAUCCCAGCGUUCCAGGCGGUGUGCCACAACCGAACGGCAUGAUGGGCAUGCCUCCCCCGCUUCCCCCUGGAUUCCAAGGAAUGAUGAUGGGCGUUCCUCCCCAACAACCUAGUAUGCCCGGGUUCAUGGGCGCGCCUCCGCCACAACCUAAAUAACGUUUCAGCACCUUUUUUUGAGGCGUUGCAUUGCCGCUCAAUAAAAAAUGGGGUGCUUGAACUUGAAUCUUUGUUCUCUCCUAACCUCAUAUAUAUACACACCACCAAAACAACAAUAAUUUUGUUCGGCGCAUCAGUUGCCUGCGCGGGGGGCGUAAGUAGUGCCUUCUCACGUGUGGACCUAUAGCGGCCUUGUGUGAAAGAACUUCUGAAUGAUAAUUUGCCAAAUGGAAAAUAGGAGAACGAAUGCACUCCUCAGAAUGUAAACUUGUAUCCAGGUAGUUACGAGAUCUCCUCAACUAAACCG